CCUCCUCCCAUCCACCGCGCUCGCAGCGGACUCCGCGCUAUUUACCGUUAGCCUCGGGAUUUUCACAGCGCUGAAAAUGAUCCGUUUUCUAAAGAGACAUCACAUCUAAUGCAUUCACAACAUAGGAAGGUCGUCAGACGGGACCAUAACCCGGGCUUCGAGCGCACAUGGUCGAAGGUGCAGCCAAUAUUCCUUUCGCCACAGGGGACAAAAGACUCGGCGGCUAUGAGGAAUAAAGGCCACACGAGUAGGCACCCCUGCUGACGUGUGACCGCGAGGCGAGGCGGCAACGGAGUUGGGCGCACGCUGACGGAUGUGCGCCGCGCCGAGCGUGGUCACGAGCCGAGAUGGCUGCAGCACUGCGAGCUCCAAGUCGGUGGCUCGACGGAGCCCCGGUGACGAGGAAGAGGCCGCUGUCUACCGGCUACCUGCGGUGGUCGUCGAGAGCGACCCCAAGAGGCUACAGACGCAGCUUCGCUCUGCGCGCAGCGACCUGGUGUUCUUGCAGACCCAGCACCGGCUCACGCUCAGAGGUCUGCACGCCGAGAUCGCCAAGCUCCAGAAGACCGUCAAAGAAAUGCAGUUCGCUCUGUUUAACAACGGGAUAACACUAGUGGACGAAGCCUCGUACGAAGCGAAGAUCGCGCAGCUUGAAGAAGACCUGGACAAGUGGUGCUGCCACUGUCGCUUCCUCAGCUCACAGCUGGAGCAGGCCAACAACGCUCUAGUUUCACUCAACCAGCGGCUGCAAGUGCAGGACUGGCAGCACCAGGCGGAGCUGUCGGAGAAGAACUCCAUCAUCGCAAACCUGCAGAGAGAACUCGAGUGGAAAUGUCGCACUCUGGCCGAACUGGAGAUGGCCACGCGAGCACGAGGGACGAGGAGGAUGUCCGGUCCUGCGGGACCUUUCGCCGCUUCGAUGACGUCGUCGUCGUCGCUGGUGGAACCUUGCGAGCCGGUGCGUUCGCCGUCCCAGAGGGGCCUUAUGGCUGGAGCGUCUGGGAAGGCGUCUCCUGCUUCGACUUCGGCGCGCAAGGGCAGUUACAGGCUACCCGUAAUCGUGCGUGACCGGCCUCCAAACGACGACGACGACGACGACGACGCGGCUCCCCAGUCGUCGCAGUCGAGCGCGACAACUUCAAGAAGCGUCACGCCCCGCAGGCACACGGGCGCUCGGGCGGCGUCGGCCAAGUGCCUGCCAGUCGCCGGCGCUUCCUCUUCUUCCUCGGCCAAGAAGAAGUCGGACCAGCAGGCGGGAGCGCGAGGCGCCGCCGAGUCGGACCGCCGGCGCGCCCAGCUGCGGCUGCCGCCCCUGGUGGACCCGAUGCGCGCGCUGGCGUUCCCGGCCCGCUCGCUGGUGCACCACCAGCUGACGGCGGUGCACUGCGACUCCGGCCUGAGCACCGACGAGGAGCUGUCCAUCGACCGCGUGCCGUCGCCCGAACUUAAGCCCAAGAAGAUGGGGGGCAGGGUGCUCGAAGUGUCCACCAAGUGAUGCCCGUUCUCCGAUAGACAAUUUCUAAGGAACCGCUUCUACACCUUCGCGUUUGUUGGGCUCGCUGUGCAUGCGGGAAACUCGAUAACUGUAUUCUGACGCGGGAUGUUACGGUAUUAGGAACUAUCGAAAGAAUCGUUCAAGCAGCGUAAACCAGCGUGUUGACUUGACGUCGAAGGGUGUAACAUUAGCUACUUGCUCGUCCGGAGGGACGAGUUAUUUUCGAAACACCGCGCAUGUCUGCCAAAACUGAAGCUCGCUCGCACUGCGCACGGGAAAAGUCUUCGUUUAAUGUGGCCUUCCAUAUUAUACGUCAAGCGAAGUUGCGACGAAGAUUUUGUCACAGGCCGGCAUUCGUGUGCAACAGGAUGCACCGCCUCCAAGCCUAAGAUGGCGGCCCACGUUCGCGCAUUGUGAUAAUGUGAUAUAAACAUCGUGUGUAUUACACGGGCUAAUGCCACUGCUGCCCAGCUGUUUGAUCGGACAGUAAUGCCGGAGUGCACGCACAAUUAAUGUGGGCUGACUCUAGAGGAUACCUUUAAUGAUAAGCUGGAACUACACUUUCUGGCAUCUUGUCAUCAGACGCCGAGUGCUCAAUGCACGGCACUCCAGUUACCGCUUUACUAUAGGGAGAUUCACAUGAAGCUGAAUGCAUAAAAUACUGUUACAUUUACGUUACAUUUAAAAACAAUCAUGUCUGAAAAGCUUCCUAUUACCUUUCGUUUUCUCUGAUUUGAUAGAUGCAAAGAGGUCUACCCACUGCAGUCACGGGAUCGAUUCUAACCUGCGACGGACAGCUUCCGGUGGGUUCACACAUAAUGCGAAAACACUCGUGUUCGGUGCUUCAAUUGAUGCACGGUUACUGAAUCUUAUGCAGUCAAAAUUAACCCUGAGCCCCACCAUCACAGCCUCUCUAGUUAUUCAUGUGUUUCCUUGUGACGUAAAACCCCAUCAUUAUAUCAAUCAACAAACCCAUCUGCUAGUCAAGGAGGUCAAUGUUGAACUCCGCGUGCUACGUACUUUGUUUCGUUUUCAAAAGUGUCCCGUUGAAUUCACCUCGUUUCACAAGAAUAAGGAGCAGGCGGGACGCCACAAACCGGAGAUGGAACAUAGAACCUGGUGCUGAUAGCACGCUAUCAAAGAAUGCCAUCGUUACCACCGUGUAUAUGUGUGCUCUUCUAGUAUGAGUUUACAUUGAAUUUCGCACCCCAUCAUACAAGAGGCAUAAUUUUUGUGCGCCUCAUUCAAUGUGUGAACCUCACACAGUAUCUUCGGGAGUUCCAGAAGCAGUGACCUGGUCAACACUCCUGUCAGAAAUUCGUCACUGUUCAUUGAUCUAAUUCUCGUUUUCAUACGUAAUUACUUGUGGGAUACGUUUUAUUUCAUAUGCGAUGGAGUAGGCAGCCCCCGCUAUAGUAUCUAUCUUCGUAACACUUUAAAAUGACUGUAUAGGAUCCUUUCACGGGCGUAGGGCUCCCCUUGCUUUACCCUUGCCCUGUCACUCAUCAUUUCGUUAUAGCGAACGAGCUCGAUCAGGGCUAGUGAAGCACAUACACGUUAAGCACGUUAAGGUGUAAUUGACACGCCGCCAUGCGGCGCUCUUUUAGGCCAUUUUCUAGGGGUGUGCGAAUAUUCUAAACUUUCGAAUAACGAAUCUAAUAGGGUCCUGUUCGAUCCAAUCUUGGAAUAGUUUUCGAAUAUUUCGAAACGCCAACUGUACGCAAGAAAACAUAAAAUCGGAGCGAAGGUAUGGCUCCGCGGGCAUAGACACGAGUAUAAUUGCGUAGUGGCACAGGCUACGUUGUUCAGAUAGCCAGGCUUUAACGGCUGUAGAGCGAUCAUUCGCACUGCAAAGAGUCCUGCGCAAAGAAAACAAAUUGCCUAUUUGUUCCUAAUGCUCCAUUUCUGCUUUUCAUUGGAAACGCUUCAUAAAGACCAGUGUAAUGACAGAAAUUGGCUAACGUUAUGAGUAUUAGAAUGCGAAGGACGUUCUAUAUAUGAAUUAUUAAAACAUAAUUGCAAUAUUCGUAAAUUAUUCGAAAUGUAUUUGAUAUUCGACUCCAUUCAGUUCGCUCUUGGCACUAUUCGAUGUGCAUUAUACUCAGUCUCAAAGCUUACUGUUUGCACGCCCCUACUAUUUUUCAUUUUGCUAAUCAUCCGACGAGCACGCUCCGAUGAACCGUCCAAGCAAACAUGUCAAUCAGGGCUUUCAUAUUCAAUCACGGAAUUAGAGCGCAUCCUGACGUCAUAUCAUGGACGUAUUAGCCAUCUAUGUGCCCGAACAGUGGAAUAGGGAAACGUAAACCGAGAAAGGCAAGGUUGCAAGACCCGAACCGUGAAGACAGCAUAGGUGGCAGAGGUUCGGCUUCACCGUUGGCACGAGCACUCUGCCUCACGCUCAACUGGUGCAGUUGACAAAUUCCGAACGUGUGUGGUGUGUCGCGAGCACAGUUUACAGCGGAGAAAGUGGUUGCGAAGUUACAAGUUCUUGCCGUGGUAGUAUUUUAAUGGGCGACAUCGCAAGCAGUCGUUUACGGCGUCAUUAUGGGUGUUGAAGCACAAGUCGUGCAUUUUCCUUCUGGGCUCUUGCCCUGUUGCCACCUGAGCAACGAACUUAGUUGUAUAUAUUGUUGUGUGAAGUUCUUGUGGUCACUUUGCAAACAUAUGUAUUAGAAUAAUUUACGUCGGAAGAGAAAAAAAUGUACAUUAAUGAGUAUAAAGACAAAUAUGUAGACGGCAAUGUCAUGAAGGUGUGGUGACGCUGACACCACUUUUGGUGUAGUUUUGUUUGACAUGAAUGUUUCAUAACCCAGUGCAGGCAUGGUGCGCUCAUCUCCACUGAGUCACGACAUUGCAUGAGUUUGUCAGCGCAGUUAGGGCAAUCAGAAACUAGUUUUAUUGCCGUGGAUUUUUCUGGAAAGUCAAGGUGAAUACGUUCGGAAACGCAUUCGAAAAAAAAAAGUUUCACUGGUGGAUACCUUCUACACUUUCUUUUUCGAUUUGCACCGUUGCUGCAUCGCUGCUAGGUUUUUUCCACACCACGAGUCGACGGAAGUGAGACAUCUACGUGCGUUUCAGAUGGUACAUAUGGUAAAUGUAGUACCAAAGGAAGAAACAGCGAUGUGGCUUCGGUACACUAAGGAUUGGUCUAGUGCCGUAUACCGUGUCUGUUGAAAGUCCUAGAAACACGGUGGGCGUGACUGCAUAUAGACGCAGUCUUGUGUGGCGAAUGGCAACUUGCAGAGAAGAAAGCGUGUUGCAGUUGGUGUCGUGAUUUAUUCAACUAAUGAGAGACAUGCUGAUGCAGUCACCUGUUUCUAUUUUUUCUAUUGUCUUUAAGCCUCAGUGAAACGCCAAAUAGCAAAAGAUAUAAGAAAACCUUUGUUAGGUUGGUAUGACAAUGAAAUUAAAGAGCUGUCAAACUCGGA